AUGAGCUCCAAGGUGUUCACACCGUCUCCGCAGUUUCACAACGCGGCAGCAUUUGUUUCUACUGCUCCAGAGCUCGGAAAAGCACCUAAUCAUGUCAAGCUUGAGCUCUAUGCAUUGUAUAAAAUGGUCACCGUUUCACGCAAACCGAACACUCCUCGACCCUCGUUUAUCGACAUUCGGGGCAAAGCGAAAUGGGAUGCCUGGGACAAGAUGGGAAAAGAGUUGGAAGAUCAAAGUCUAGAGCAAAUCCAGGACCAAUACUUGGAUCGUUGCAAAUCGCUUGGAUGGAACCCGUCCCAGCAGGCAAACAGCACUAUUCAGGUUUCGACAACCAACGAAGUCGAUGUUCAUGAUAUUGAUUGGGACGCAGAGUAUGAUCCCAAGACGGAUGAGGGUUCCCGACGUGGCGGACAAGGGAUGGGGACCAAAGUCAGCGUUCUUGCUGGGGAUGAGCAAGAGACGGAUGCUAAGACGCUCCAUGGACUGGCAAUUCUUGGAGACGCAGAGAAGCUCGACACGCUGCUGCAGUUGGACCCCCACAUGGACAUUAACCAGAAGGAUGAAUAUGGAUAUACUGCACUACAUCUCGCAGCGGAUAGAGGGAAUGUGCGGGUCGUAGAGUUGCUCCUGAGAAAAGGAGCCGACAGCUCGAUCAAGGAUGCAGAUGAUUUGUCAGCUCUAGAGCUCGCCGAGGCUUCUGGGAAUGAGCAGAUUGCCGCGCUUCUCCAGGCUUCAUGA